GGUUGUGUUUUCAGAGUGCCCGGGGAGCAAGAAGACGACUGGGAAGUCACCACGUGGUUCUCAACUUUACAGUAACACCAUCCUUUAAAGCUAGCCCUCUCCGCACCUCUCUUUCUUCUCUUCACUUCCGAGCUUAUUAGGCUUCUCGAGGGUUUUAUCUCAAGGGCCUGUACAUUACACCUAAGCAGCUACAGUAGCUUUUGGGUAUACCUUCUCCGUUACUACUAUGGAUAAUUUCAGAAGUUUUGGGUUGGGCAAAGCAUUUAGGAAACAGAGGACUAAUCUGUAUCGCCGGCCUCAAAAUGAGUCCCAGAUGCUUCUGGAUUGUCCUGACAAUUCAUCAAUUUCAUCAACGCCACAAUCUGAUAGGUUGAGCAGAGCAUCCAGUCAUGACAUUGUUGAUUAUGGUAAUAUUUCAGGAACAUCAUAUAGUAACCUCAGUGGCACGGAGACUGCCAUGAAUCAAGGUGUGGAAGAUGGAAACUCUGGAGACUUCCGUUCUGGUGAUACUGAACAAAAGGAUGGUCAGAUAGAUAUGAACAGAUUUAGUGAAGGAUACGUCACAACAUCUCAUAUAGAAGAUCCCCAAAUAAGCGGAACUGUGAUUUGCAAUAACCAUUCUGGACUGCAUGGAAUAGUAUCAGAUGGAGCUGGGAAUGACAAUAAAGUCAAGAAAGUGAAACUCAAGGUUGGCGGUGUUACAAGAACAAUACACACUUCUGUUGCUGGGUCCUCUUCAACAAAGUCUUCCUCCUCUUCAGAUGCUCCCCAACCAUGGCAACCAAAGGAGAAUACAGGUGGACAUCAUCCCUCUUAUACUGGCAAGGCAAUUGGCUUACGAGGUAUCCCCUGGAAGGAUUUUGCUAAAACUGGUUUUAGCAUCAGGAAUGUGGAUUCCUUGCAGGAUCAGUUACCUGGGCAGAUUGUCCCUUUGAAACAAUUUGGAAAAUAUAAAGCAGCUCAUAAAAGCAAACCUGUGCUUUAUAGACAUUUAUCAGAUGAUGAAGAAGAUGAUGAUGAGAUCCGUUACCUGGAGAAGCUCAAGUCUUCCAAGUACUCUGCUAUUUAUAGUGCUGGCUAUGAGGAUGUUGAUGAACCUGGAAGUAAAAAGCAACGGAAGAUAUCAAAGGUGUCAAGUCAAACUAGUAAUGGUUAUGGUGCAGGUAUUAGUGAUUACAACUCGCUCAAAGCACGUAAAGGGAUGAAGAAGUCCAAAUCAGCUAGAGAAUCUCAGGAUACUGACUCUGAAGGAGUGAUGCUUUCUGAUACUGAGUUAGAACCCAAGAAGAAGCAACAAGGAAAGGAAUUCAUUGAUUUCUCAGUGGAUGGUGGGACAAAAUUGGCUGUCACUACUCGCCAACGGGCAAUUCAAACUGGAAAGGAUAUUUCUUCCAGCACAGGCUUGAGUGCAAUUGGAUUCCCCCAUGGGCUUCCACCUCCACCACCUAAAAAACAAAAGGAGAAGCUAUCUGAAGUGGAACAGCAGUUGAAGAAAGCUGAGGCUGCACAAAGACGGAGGACGCAAGCUGAAAAGGCUGCUCGAGAGUCUGAGGCUGAAGCAAUAAGGAAAAUCCUCGGUCAAGAUUCUUGUAGGAAAAAGCGAGAAGAUAAACUUAAGAAGCGACAAGAGGAGUUAGCACAGGAGAGGAAUGCAACUGCUAUUGCACUGUCAUCAAGUACUAUCAGAUGGGUCAUGGGUCCUUCUGGUAAUGUUGUGACAUUUCCUAAUGAGAUGGGACUCCCAAGCAUAUUUGAGCCUAAGGCUUGCAGCUAUCCUCCACCUCGCGAGAAAUGUGCUGGUCCAUCUUGUAUGAAUACGUAUAAAUACAGAGACUCGAAAUCAAAACUUCCUCUAUGCAGUCUCCACUGCUACAAGGCAAUACGUGAGAAGAUUCAACCUUUGAAUGCUUGUUGAUUGAGCAGAGAUCUUACAGGCCUUAUACUGAUAGGCACUUGGCCUAUUUUUUUUGUAGAGAAUCGUGUGGUGGAUGUUUUGCAUACCAUCUUAUGAUUCUUAUCUCAUACUUCUGCUGGCAUAAUCUAUCACUUCAGCUGGAGUUGUUCAUAGUAGCGUACAGUAUGGAACAUUACCAGCAAAGCUGGUUCCGAUAGAUUAUAUGACUUUAGUCGAUCCAGUUAUCAUAAUUGGCAUUGAAAACAGGGACUUAUGGUCCAAACAUUUUGAGUCGAAUGGUAGUCUAAAUGCAGUCAAAUAUUUUGAAGUCGAAUGUUAAUCUAAAUACUGUCAUGCUG